AUGUUGGCUCCAUCGAAGCCCCCGUACCAGCCUUCUCUGGGGCUUAGCUCGUCUUCAGGGAAUUCAUAUAAUACAGGUUCUUCGCUUAAGACGGGGACAACGAUGACCUCAAACGAUGCUGGUCUGUAUAUGAGCCCGACCGAGUCGGAUUUCUCAGACGGCAACGAUGGGUUGGACUCAGUUCGAUCUUGGGACGAGAAGAAAGUCAGCGAAUGGUUACAUAGCAUACGUUGCGGCCAAUACGAUUCUUUAUUUAAGGAGAACAAUUUCAACGGUGAUAAUCUUCUGGAAUGUGACCAGAAGAUUUUGCAAGAGAUGGGCAUUAAAAAGAUCGGCGAUCGGGUGCGAAUCUUCAUCGCUAUCAAACAACUAAGGAACAAGGCACUCAUCAACCGCAAAAGACUCAAUCUAGAUUCACUCGCAUCUCUUGAGGCCACGGCUUACGCACCAUCGUCCGACUUGUAUAAUUCCAGCUCCCGACUGCACCCACUUACCGGAAGGUCAUAUUCACGGCCGUCGUCGCCCUUGGCGAUGGACGACCGGGGAGCCCGAGGACUUCGAUAUGUCGCAGCAAGUCCGAUAGAUGGUACGAGGCGGGAUGCUUCAGGCUACCUAAGUCAUCCGUCUUCUGCUGGAUCAGGGUCAGGACGUCGCCCUACAACACCUGGUGACCCCGGCCAUGCUUCUCUUCACUUGCGGCAAAACUCGAGCAUCGACGGCUUGACCAUGGGCUCGUUGUCUUUUAACUCGCAGGUUAUUCGGGUAAUCUAUACUGGCGGACAGACAAAGGCUUUGAACGUAAAGGGCUGCAAGUCGCCCGAGGAAGUCAUGAUCCAUGUACUCAGAAAAUUGCAGCUUUCCGAGACUCAGUGGCGCAACUAUUGCUUCUACGUUCUUGAUGGCCUAGACCCAACACCUGCAAAUUGCAGGCGUUUGUCGGACUCUGAAAUCAUGAAAAUUUGCGACGGGGCAAAUAAGUCGGAGCGUGGCCGUCUCAUCCUGAGGAAAAUUCAUGCUGGCGAGCCUGAUGGAGACGAGCUUCGUCGUGCCUCACAGCUAGCUAUCGACGAAAGCCAAGCCGCACACCUGAACGCCUUGAGUAGCUCUAACGCUCGCAACCAACUCAAGAUUCAGCAGCUCACAGGCGAGCCAUGGCAUAACAUUAAGCAGCCCAUGUCCCCAAUGCAUCCAUUAAACGAUGAUUAUGAACCUUCUCCGACAUCUGCGAACAUGGACCGUGCCUCUUCGUCGAAAUUACGAUCAUUUUUCGGCGCCCGACCUCCUAGUGAGAUGAUCAUUCAUGAAUUGACAUCAUACUUUCCAAGUCACCAACGGGAAGACAUUGAAAAGACCAUGCGCCUUUCUGUGCGGAGGUCUCAACGACUCAGUCGAGCUGCCAGCCGUCUUAGUGUUGUCAGCAAUAUCAGCUUUGCGUCUAGCUUGAAGGACGCUCCCCCAAUCCCCAGCAUUGCCGACCAAUGGCUCACUGGAGGCCAGUUGACACGCGCAGCUCGGCCGCUUUCGGUUUCCAAAUUCAGUCUCCCCCAAACUUCGUACCGUGAUUCGAUCGCUUCUAGUUCUUUGCAGCCGCUUCAGGAAGAAUCACCAAUUGAGCCGGACCGCAAGUCAUAUGUGUCUUUUGAGAGCAGCUCCGACCCGUUAGUUAGUGAUCAUAGUUCACUGCAGCCAAGCUUUAUGGAUGAGUCGCUUAGCAUCGCAGCGACUGAUGGUGGAGGCUCCCUGAGUGAGCGUUUGAGCCUGAUUGUGGCCGAGGAUGAAGAAGACGACGAUGCCGGCCUAGUAGACUUCCUGACUGGUGACAAUUUCGCUGCCAAGAACUGGAUGAAGGGCUCCUUGAUAGGAGAGGGAUCGUUUGGAAGCGUAUUCCUUGCUCUUCAUUCGAUUACUGGCGAGCUUAUGGCUGUAAAACAGGUUGACCUUCCCUCGGCAACCAAAGGCACGGAGUUUGAUAAGAGGAAGAACACCAUGGUUACCGCGCUGAAACACGAAAUCGAGCUCCUGCAGGGUAUGCACCACCCCAACAUCGUCCAGUAUCUCGGCACAUCUGCAGACGACCACAACCUGAAUAUUUUCUUGGAGUACGUCCCUGGUGGCUCUAUCGCUGAGAUGUUGAAGCAAUAUCAUAAUUUCCAAGAGCCAUUGAUACGAAACUUUGUCCGUCAAAUUCUUGCGGGGUUGUCUUACUUGCAUAGCCGUGACAUCAUUCACCGUGAUAUCAAGGGUGCGAACAUUUUAGUGGACAAUAAGGGUGGUAUUAAGAUAUCCGAUUUCGGUAUUUCCAAGCGCGUUGAAGCGUCGGCGAUGCUGGGCCCCAGCGCUGUCGGUGGUAGGGGUCACUUGCAUCGUCCAUCUUUGCAGGGAAGUGUUUAUUGGAUGGCGCCCGAAGUUGUUCGUCAAACAGCUCAUACCAAAAAGGCUGAUAUUUGGAGCUUGGGGUGCUUGGUCGUUGAGAUGUUUAUCGGAGCUCAUCCUUUCCCUGAUUGCAGUCAACUUCAAGCCAUAUUCGCCAUUGGCAAUAACCAAGCUAAGCCCACAAUACCGGAUCAUGCAAGCAAGGAGGCUCGGGCAUUUUUGGAAGCGACCUUUGAGGUAGAUCACGAGAAGCGACCCGAUGCUGAUGAUCUGCUACAGAGCCCAUUCCUUGAGAUGCCUGUACCAUGA